AUGGCGCCGCCACUGCUCCUCGCAGGCCUGCAUGCCUCCGCUCCCGCAGUCCACAGGCAGCCGCCGCCGUGCCGCAACCGCUCUUGCCGCCUUCGCGACCGCAGCCCAGGCCCCCACCACGCCCGCCGUAGACUGAAGCUGGCCGUGGCGUCUGUCCAUGCCGCCUCCUGCGCGCGUCCGCCUCCUGCAGCCCCAAGCGCAUCCGCACGCCGCGGCGACGCGCCGCCCGCCCGCAACUGCGCCAAGGAUGGCCAGGAGAGCCGUGCACCCCCGGCGGAGGCCGGUGCCGAGUCUCUUCUCGCCGGGCAGCCCCGCUUCUCCUCCUCCGACGCGCGGGAGCAGCCUGCGUCCGCGUCGAGCCCACGACGCGCAGAGCACCACGCCACCUCCUCGGCGCCGAGGCCCUCCGCGUCGCCAACGGCAUGA